CAGCGCGCACGGCCUCAGAGCAGUCGUGGCAGCGAUGGAAGUGUCACCCGCCUCGCUGCUCGUCCUGCUGCUGGCGUCCGUCGUCGUCGGUGACAUCGACAUCACAGACUGCGACAGUUUCUUCGAGGUCAUAGACUCGUGCAGGGGCGACAAACCACUCACAGACACCGUGAUCGAGUGCCACCCACGACAACCAAACAAGAUGACACUGGAAUGCGGGUGCGCUUGGAGGUGUAUAAUGAGAACAUACGGAUGGAUCACAGAAGAGGGCAGGGCGGACGUCGAGCAGAAUGCUGUCUUCUACCGCAGGUGCGGCUCCGACUACACUCCCGAGAAGGAAGAGAUGUUCCGCAGGCUCUUGACCGACUGCGAGAAGAACAGUGUGUACGAAAUCGGAUGCGAGAAAUCCGGGGACGUUCUGCAGUGCAUUGCUCGACAGUCCAACGUAACUCUGUUUUCUUGAAGAUGUGACUACACAAGACCUCUUCGACAUCAUUCGAUUUUGUUAUAAAUGCAGUUGGCAAGAUAUUUUCAUAUUGGCACACAUGACUGGCAAGUGCUGAAAAGGACGCAUGUUCACUGUUGUAAAAGAAAAUAAACGAGCACUUUUUUUUUCACUUAGCAUUGCCAUAUCAAAGUUUUUUUUUUUU